AUGGCAGUUACAGGCAUCCACGAGGGCGACGUACGCCGUUCUUCAAAGGAGAAGACUGAUAUUGAGCAAAUCGAAGCCGUCGCAACAACGCCACCACGGACGCUCAUCUCAUCGGAUGCUACCACUAUAACGCCGAAGACAUGGUUCGUCAUCUUUGUUCUGUCGUCAACUUUUGGUCUCUCAUUUUGGCCUGUGCCUACAACCGCAGCGAUGAUGGCCCGGCUCGCUCUUCAAUUCGGUAAUCCCACUUCGAGCGCGUGGUAUAUACCCGCCUACACAACGGCUAAUGCCAUUGGCUUUCUCAUUGCGGGUGCGAAUUCUGAUCUCUUCGGUCGUCGAUGGUUCUUGUUGUUUGGUAAUGCGUGUUGUUGUGUUGGAUUUUGCGUCACCGCUACAGCGAAGGGAGCAGAUCACUUUACUGCUGGAUUGGCUAUAACCGGAUUCGGAGGUGGAUUUGCACAGAUGGCUAUGUGUAGUAUCCCUGAACUUCUACCAAACAAGUUUCGACACAUCGGCAUUUGUCUUUCGGAUGGUUUCGUCUUCCUAAUCGUUAUCAUCGGCCCUAUUGUUGGAAGGUACGCCAUCGACGUCAACGCAUGGCAGUGGGUCUACUGGGCAGGCCUCAUCGCUCAAUUCAUGUCGUUCACAGCCUUAUUCUUCUUCUAUAAGCCACCGAAGCACCCGAAAGGUGUUCCAUGGGGUGAAGCAGUCCGGGGCCUUGACUACGUGGGCACAGCGCUCAUUGUCCCAGGCAUCUGUCUUACACUCGUCGGCAUCGUCAACACCACAUACAAGCCAAGCUCCGAUAUCACCGUAAUCGCACCCAUGGUAGUUGGGCUGGUCCUGAUUGCUGGAUUCGGAGUCUGGGAGACGUUGUCGAAUACCAGAUUCAAGCUCUGCCCGCCGCAUCUAUUCCGAAGCCACAAGGGAAGAGAGUUCACAGCGCCGUUCAUCGUAGCAUUCAUCGUCACCAUGUUCUAUUACUCCGUCAAUAUUAUUUGGCCGACGAUGGUGAAUGUAUUCUACCUGGGCCCGGAUGUGUCUCGAAGUACUGAACUGUUACUCACACUUCCACCAAACAUCGGUCUCGUGUUCGGAUCCUUAUGCCUCAUGGCUUUCGGCAAUGUGCUCGGACACUGGAAGUGGACUCUAAUCGGUACCUGGACGGGGAUGGUGCUCUUUGGCGCCUUGAUGGGUCUUGUGACUCCGUUCAAUCAAGGCUUGAUGAUCGCAUUUUGCUGCAUCAACGCUUCCUUCUUCGGAUGGGCGCAGUACGAGUCUGUCGCCUUUACACAACUGGGUGUGCCGCAACAAGAUCUCGGAUUCUCGGGUGGUCUGGCGGGUAUGGCUCGUUACGCAGGAGGGUCGCUCGCUCAAGCCAUUUACACCACGAUCCUCACCAACACGCAGACUACGCGUGCUGCUGCUACGGUUCCGGCUGCAGCUAUGAGGGCAGGUAUGUCGUUAGAAAAUGCGCAGGCUUUGCUUACGGCUUUCCCUCUUGGCGCUGCUGCUAUCGCUGAAGUGCCAGAUACAACUGCAGAGGCUAUUGGCGCUGCUUCUUUGGCCUAUCAAUGGAGCUAUGCGCAUGCGCUGAAGGUUGUGGCACUCAGCAGUUUGAGUUUCGGUAUCGUGGGAUUACUUUGCAUCUUCUAUUGCGAGGAUCUGACGCCUAAAAUGACAGACAAGGUGGAGGUCUUCCUCGAGAAUGAUGUGUACGCGGACAAGAAUGAGUUCCACUAA